CAGUUUUGGAUGCUGGUGCUGAUGACCUUGAGAGGAUAUUGGACUUAAAGAGUUUAACUGGCUGCUUUUUCGUUCAGUUGACUACAUCCUGGGAAAGAGAAACUAAGACAAAUUUUUGCCACCCGAUACUUGCUGGAAGAAGAAAAAAAGUAGCUCAAAGGUCAAUCACCACCCGAUACUUGCUGGAAGAAGACAAUUUGUACAGCGUGCGAGCUCGAAUUCAGUUUAAGUUCGUGGUGUGAUAAUUCGCCGUCAAAACAUGGGGAAAAAACGCAUUGGUAUCAUCGGUUAUGGACAUCUAGGCCGGCACCUGACGCAAGCAGUGCUGGCUCAUCCACAACUAGAACUCGCCUUCGUUUGGAACCGCACGCCAUCAAGCCUGCAGGAGCUGGAUGAAAGAUACAUUUGUAGCGACUUACAAGAUGCUGGCUCAUUCAAUGCUGACGUCAUCGUUGAAGUUGCGCAUCCGUACAUUUCCAGCGAGUACGGGGAGCACCUGCUGGGUCUGGCCCACUACCUCAUGGGUUCGCCCACGGCGCUGGCAGACGAGCAGCUGGAGCAGCGUUUACGGGCAAAAGCCAACGCGGGGAGUUACGGACUUUACCUUCCCGCUGGGGCGCUUUGGGGCGGCACCGACAUCAGGAAGAUGGCGGACUUAGGCACGCUCGAAAGUUUGAAGAUCACAAUGAAGAAACACCCAAGCAGCUUCAAGCUCGUCGGGGACCUGCAGAAGACGUGCGCGUCUGUGCGCGCUGAGGCGGUCACGCUAUACGAAGGGCGCGUGCGCGAGCUGUGCGCCGUGGCGCCCAACAACGUCAACACCAUGGCGGCCGCUGCUGUUGCCGCCCACAACCUCGGCUUCGAUGGCGUGCAGGCGAAACUCGUGGCUGACCCUCAGCUGAGCAGUUGGCAUGUAGUGGAGGUGGAGGUGGGAGGACCAGGAGGUUUCCAGGUGACAACAGAACGCAAGAACCCUGCGGCUGUGGGAGCCGUCACAGGGAACGUCACCUACAGCGCCUUCGUCAGCAGCGUUCUGGCUGCUGGACUGCAAGGCAAUGGCGUGCAUCUUUGCUGAACAAAUUCUUGUUAACUUAAUUCCCCAAGCGCUAUAUUAUCACAAAUUGCUUACGCAUAGCAGCCUAAAUAUAUUCAUGUAAUGGUCAAUUUUUAGUCCGCGAUUGGUUUGUUUAGGUUGAAAAGACGUCUACACCCAUUAGCCAUUUCUGAUAGUAUGGCCCUUGAUGAUCAUGCUAUAUCAUACUUAUCAAGAAGUAAUUUGACUCAUGAAGUGGUUUUGAACAUCUUCCACAAAUGAACAGCAGCACACUCUUGUUAAUAUAAAUGUGAUAUUACUCUGAGAAAUGCCUGUCCUUGACAGCUCUCAAUUGAAAACGAUUCUCUAAAGUAACCCAAGUCAUUAAUGAACCUCAACUUCAUCUAUCAGAGAUGCUGGAGAAUUCUCAUUCUAAUGGAACUAUAAUUGUUACAAUCAAUUCUUACAAUACAAAAUUUUGAUUAGCAAAAAACAUGUAUAAUCACCACAACAUUGUGUUAAAUUGUGUGUUAUAGCUGAUUAUAAUGUCAUCUAAAUGUACACUUUUUAAUUAAAACUCUGAAGAUCC